AUGCCAAUCAACACAUCCCCAUGGGGCGAGCCCGCAUGGUCGCACGGCAUAGCAUCGCCUUAUUACAACGACUCUCAUAGACGGAUUCGGGAUGCUCUCCGAGAGUACAACGAUAAAUAUGUCGUGCCGUACGCUCUUGACUGGGCCGCCAAAGGCGAAGCGCCACGAGAAGAGGCACUUCGAUGGGCGCAGUCGGGGUUUGCGUUCGCAGACGUCCCGCCAGAGUACAGGCCGAAGCACAUACCAGAUCCCGCCGGGAUUCCAGUAAACGAGCUUGAUGUCUUCCAUCUGCUGGUCUCGACGGACGAGGGUUCACGGAUCGAUGGAGGUAUCGGUUCCAGCUUGGCAGGCGCAAGUGUGAUUGGUAUUCCGCCCAUCAUACACCAUGGCACCGAGCAGCAGAAGCGGCAAUGGCUGCCAGGACUUUUUGAUUGGACAACCAGCUUCUGUCUCGGCAUUACCGAGCCUACAGGAGGCUCAGAUGUAGCGAACAUCCAGACAACUGCUCGGAAGUCCGAUGAUGGCAAGUUCUACGUCGUCAACGGUUACAAGAAGUGGAUCACCGGCGCCCCCUGGGCCACGCAUAUGACGACGGCCGUUCGUACCGGCGGUGCCAGCAUGGGCGGCGUCUCCGUCCUUGUCAUCCCCAUGAACUCAAAGGGUCUGACCCAUCGUCGCAUCCCCAAUAGCGGCCAAGAAGGCGGCGGUGCCUCAUUCAUCGAGCUGGACGAUGUCAAAGUCCUAGCAGAGAACCUCAUUGGACGGGAAGGCGAAGGAUUUAAGACAAUAAUGGUAAACUUUAACCGCGAGCGGUACAUUAUGGCAGUCGGCUGCAACCGCACGGCUCGGACGUGCUUGAACGUCGCAUUCGAGUACGCCAACAAGCGGGAGACGUUCGGGAAGAAGCUCAUCUCGAAUCAAAUCAUCUCCAGCAAGUUUGCCACGCUCGCACGGUACCUGGAGUCGCACUGGGCGUGGUUGGAACAGAUUGCAUACGCUGUGCAGCAGUCGCCGAAGGGAUGGCAAGACCCAGAUAUCGCUGGACGGAUCGCACUGGCGAAGGUACAAGGCGGUAGAAUCCUGGAGAUGGCGAAUCGAGAAGCUCAGCAAGUGCUGGGGGGUGCUGGCUACCAGCGAGGUGGACCUGGUGCCGUGGUGGAGCAGAUCAGCAGAGACUUGCGCAUGAUGGUUGUUGGCGGUGGCAGCGAAGAAAUCAUAGCUGACCUCGCGGUCAGGCAAGAGACUAUGCUUGCUAAGAGGAGGGGGUGGAAGCUGUAG